UCAAUUGAUAGUUUGAAUUGAAAGUGAUUAAUUGUAUGCAUCGACAUAAGCAUUAGAGUGGGCAGCGCAAUAUCGUUAUCGUUAUCGCUCGUUGUGAAUGACAUAUUUCAUAUGCGAUGUGUUUUUGUUUGCAACACAAUUUGCUAAAAACUAAAUAACAAAUUUUGCGCUGAUAGCUACAAUUGUCAACAUGAAGACUCUGCUGGUGUCUGACACCAGCAACAACAGCAAUUGCAAUUUUCAUAAGGAUGCGCUCUUGGGUUUUGCACUUGAUCUACCCGAUGAACAGUUAGACAGCGCCGUUAUGCAGCUGCAGGCCGCAGCAGCAGAGCAACAGCAUCAGAACGAUGACAACAACCAUAGCAAUAAUGGAAACAGCAAUAGCGGUGACUAUAAUCAUACAUCAAUUAGCUAUCAGCUACAAUGCGUGCCGGAGUUACCGGAGUGCUAUGUGCUAGAGGGAGAUGCAACUUCCACAGAGCUAGUGAAUGUGGCCAACAAGGACUGCGAUUCACUUGCUAAAUUGGCUUACAAUCUGUAUAAAUUGGCAAAGGAUGAUCAUAUAGUUAUAGACCGUAAACGCAAUGAAGUGGUGCGCACAAAUGCUCUGACGCAUCAAAAGACUAUUUAUCGCUGCAUGGAUCCCAUCGGAAUGGGCAUGGGCAUGGGCAUGGGUGAGCAGCAGAGUGUGCCAACAAAAGCCAAAGCAGUGAGGACGACGCGCAGACGUGCAUCACCUUAUGCUGCAUCACCGCUGCCAAAGCGAUCGAGCACAACAUUUAGAACACGCUCUGGGCGUCUAGUAUGUGCUUUGCAGCCAGAUCCUACUGCUGCCUGCCAACCUGUUGCACAACUUGUGUCCGAGCUGCAGGAUAAAGAUUAUCGUGCAGCAAUCAGCAAUGCGACUGCAGUGACUGAGGCUGAGAUUGAGCCUGUGAUUGAGGCGCCGCGCAUGCCACGCGCUGUGCCGCCGAAUGCCAUUUGUCCUGGUUGUCAGAAAAUCUUUCUGGGUCGCCGUUUGCAGCAGCAUUUUGUUAAGUUUCCUGAGCAUAUGCCUAGUGUCCAGCAGCAGCAGCAGCAGCAGCAGACACAUCAGUCCACGUUGUUUGGACUGCUGACAACACAAUUGCAGCGUCAUAGUCAUCUCAACGAGGAGCAGCGCGCCGAUCUCUUUCUGCACGAACUCAAUGAUUUUGUGCAGCAGUUGCAGCUGCGCAGUCAGCGCCUCAUACGCAACACCUCUGGCAUGCAUUUCGUCAAUUCGCGUAUUGCACGCGUACUGGGCAUACCCGAGGGUCAAUAUGCCUUGGAUAUGUCGGCCAUGGAGUCAGCGCAGGCACCAACACCGGAACCGGAGUUGCAACUGCAGCUGAUGCAUUCCCAUGCUCUGCCCAGCACACGCAAUCUGGUCGAUUAUCCGGGACUCAGCAUGUCCAUGGAUGAUACGCUAACGGAUGAAGCGGCGCAGCGCUUGAAUCUCUCUGCUGGCGGCAAAUUGCUGCCACCCUCCGAGGAAAGUCUGCUGCGCAAUGUUGGCGAUCUGAUGCAACCGCCUGUGGCAGUGCCGGACUUGCCGCCGCACUAUGAUCACGCUAGUGACAAUGCCGUUGAAGCGUUGAACAUGAAGGAGACACCCGAUGCGGCCAUACUUGAUCUCAAUGUGGAAUUCUUCCAAUUUAACAAUAAUUAGCGUGUACUGUGUAUUAUUUAAAACCAGCCCUAAGAUAUAUAUUGAAGUGUUUAUGAAGUAGUAGUUGAAUAUGUGUAUAGCAUGAAAUUAAAUUUCCGUUGAAUUUUCCACUAAG